AUGUCUCGCAACAUCCUGAUCACCGGCGGCUCCGGCUACCUAGGCGGCACUGUCCUCGCACGCUGGAAAAGUGCCAAUCUACCUCCAUACAACACCCUCUACGCCCUCGUCCGGACAGAAGAGCAAGCACAGAAGGUGAAGCAGUACGGCGCGGAGACGCUAAUCUGCAACAUCAGCAAUCAUGAGCAUGUUACUCGAGCGAUCAUUGACAAAAAGAUCACUGUGAUCUAUUUCCUGAUCGAUGCAUAUUGGGAUACGCAUCAGAAGGUUUUGAUCAAGGCUUUAGGGGAGGUGAAGAAGCAGACAGGGGAGGAGGUGCAUUUUCUGCACACUGCAGGAGCAAAGCAUUUUAGUCGACAUGCGGGGAUUUAUUUCGAUGGGCCGUUGCUUGAUACUGAUCCGAAGCUGUAUGAUAUUCAGAAGACUGCUGUUUCACCGCAUGAUUUCUUUUCUCAGGCCGUCAGAACGAAUGUCACGGUGAUUGACACUGCCGAGCGAUACGGAGUACGAAGUUAUAUUUUUGCUCCAUGUAUCGUCUACGGUGAAGGAGAGGGAUUCGGCAACCGCACUUCGAUUCAGGAUGUUGCAAUUGUCAAAGCUGCAAAGAAGGCACGACGAGUGUACAAGGUUGAUCUCGACAAUCCGACUUGGCCCGUCUGCCACAUAGUCGAUACCACCACUCUCUACUUGCAGAUCCUGCGCCAUAUUCUGCUAGGUAACGACAUCGGGCAUAACAAGAAUGGUUUUUUCCUUGCCGCUUCUGGUAGUGUACCUUGGAACGAUAUCUACAGUGCUAUCGCCAAAGCCCUCGCAAAGCGUGGUGUUGUGGAUGACGAGAAGGUCGAACAGGCGGACGGACCCGGCCUGGUAAAAAUGGCUGAUGCGCUCGAGGUAGCGCCGUCUGCUGUUCCUGUGCAGCUAGGUGGGAAGUGUACCUUUACGGCGGUACAUGGCCACCAGAUCGGAUGGGAGCCGCAGUAUCCACCAGAGCACAUACUCGAAGAGGCAGAUGCAGAGGUUGACCUGAUUCUGAGGAGCUUGGAGGUUGAUGAUUCAAGGGCAACCAUCCGGUAA